UGUUCGAUGACGUAAUGCCCAGCAUAGCUCUGCAGUGUUACCCUGACGUCAGCCACAAUAACUGAAAGAACAUGUGUGGGUUUGAUUAUACAGUUUUUAUUUUUAAAGUUUAAACAUUUUGACUUACUGCCUCAUAAUCUUGACUUUAAAGGUAAAAAUUUUGUCUUCCUAUCUUUGUCAUUGGUAACAUUUAAUGUAUUUUCUUCCCUGACUGAAAUGGGCUUCCAUACUCCAUUUUCUUCAUCUCCUGCACAGCUGUCAGCCGCCGGUACGUGCUGUCUGAAAACCGAGCGCACCUCUCUCACGCGCCUUCACGCAGGAACAGGAAGUCAGGAAACAGGAGAAAAUCUGUUGGAAGGGAAAAGUAACAAAACAGUUUUAUGAAAGAUGAGCCGAAUUUAUCACAACACGUGUUUACAGAACAAACCUGUACACAACGAGACAGUGGGGCGCGCGUGGGCUCCCUCUACGUAUGAAAGUGGCGAGGGGGUUCUUCUAGAGGGGAAGCUGCUGGAUGUUUCCAGACAUGCAAUCAGUGACAACAGCAAUCAAAAGGUCCGUUUCUAUGUGCUGUACAUCAAACCCAGCCGCAUCCAUCAGAGGAAGUUUGAUGCCAGUGGGAAGGAGAUCGAGCCAAACUUCAGUGACACCAAGAAGGUCAACACCGGCUUCCUCAUGUCCUCCUACAAGGUGGAAGCUAAAGGGGAGUCAGACCUUGUGUCUGAGGAGCAGCUGUCGCUGAUGGUGAACAAAGCUGAGCUGGUGAAGAUAACAGACAAGCACCGACCCAGCGGGACCUGGGCCUUCUGGUACCCGGAGUCAGAGAUGGACAAAACGGAGCUGGAAACAGGACAGGACGUACGGCUGAAGACCAGAGGAAACAGUCCUUUCAUAUAUUCAGAAGAGUCAUCCAGCCCUUUGAUAUUCAAUCAGCAGUUCGGAGUGGAGUGGAGUGCUGCGGUCGGUUCACAGCCUCUACUUUUACACAUCUUCAGCCCAGAUUUAUUACGGCGGGAUGAGCAUGUUGAAGUUUCCCGAGGAGAGUGAGAAAAGACAUCGUUAAUUAAAGAAAUCAAUGUUGUAUUUAUUAAUUUAUUUUAUCUUUUAUUUGAAUAGGGACACAUAAGUACACUGUAAAAAAUGUAACAAAAAAAUUGUUGAAACUAAUUACAUUGAAAAUGAUCAGUAGAACUAACUCAAUUUCGUAAGUAAAACAACAUUCUUCAUCAAGUAGCUUUAGUCAUUUGAAGUGACACGGACUUUGUAUUUUUAUUUUUUAUUUGUACUGUGGAAGGUACAAACUUACAAAUCUGAGUUGAGGUAACUUAUAGGUAACUUGUAUAAAAAUAUUUUUUUGUCAUAUUAUAUCCUGACAGUAGAACAUUUGUGUUAAUGUUCUUUGUGUGUGUAGCAUGAAAGGGCGACAACUUACAUUUCCUGUGUGGUAAAAUUAAAUAAAUGAACCUUGAUUCUUUGAA